GGGAGAGGGAGGGUGGUGGAGAGCUCCUGUCUUUCCAACGGCAGACACGCAGCGCUCCUUAAGACUCCAGAUGCCUUUACAGAAUACGCGCCGCUGUUUUCUGUGCGAGUUGCCUCUCCUGUCUUAAAUCGAUCGUUGUGUUAUCGAAAACCAGAAGAUUAUGGGGAUCGCGUAUUAUGCGGGAACACGUGGAAAGCUUAUAAGACGAGCGGCUGCGCGCCCGUCCUCAUUGUGAUGGAGAAGCGCGGUGGUGCAUCGCUGGGGAUGAGUGAGAGGUGCGGAGGAGAUAAUCAACGAAGACACUGAGAGCUCCUGUGCGUUUGGACAAGGUCAUCGGAGCCCAGCCUUGGCAGGAUUAUGUCCAUGUGGAGGCGGCAAGGGCGGACUUUUAUGCUUCCUCUCCGGGGACGAGGUUGCCUGGGGUGUCCCCUGAAAACCAAGAGUUUCUCUCCUUGCGUUGGCUCACAGAGGCGGCGAAGAGCCCAUCUAUUGGUGGCUGAGCUGUAUUUUUGACCAUCUGCGUGUCUUGGAGAUAAAAGUUUCCCCGCUCUGCUCGACGGGUGGGUGCUCUAUUCUCCCACCGACUCUUCUAUUGAACGCAGCUGAAGCCAGUUAAGGUGAUUUAGUGGGUGCUGGUUAAAGGGGCAGCGGCGGCGGGUGGGUUGAAUUCCACCAGAGAAACAGCAAGAAAAAAAAAAGAAAAGAAAAAAGACAAAAUAAAGAUUUCUUAAAAAGCGGCGACCAGCUGUGUUUCUGGACUACCACAUCUGCCGUUGUUGUCGCCGCUGUCCAUGGUGCUGAACUCGGGCUCCAGGAAUGGUGGAGACGCUGAGUAUCGCAGUGAUCGGUGCUCCCGGAGUGGGGAAAACUUCUAUAAUCCGCCAGUUCAUCUAUAACGACUUCUCGGAGGUGUACACGCCGACCAGGACCAGAUAUGUGUACAGACCCUCCGUCAUACUGAACGGGAACAUGUACGAGCUGAAGAUUUUGGACGUCCCGCCGAUCUCCUCUUUUCCAUCAAGCUCCAGUCAGCCCGUCUAUGAAGACAAUAUGGAAGGUAGCAGCAGCGAGGUGCCAAUCCUGGUGGUGGGUAACAAGAGAGAUCUGCAGCGUCAGCGCUUCAUGCCUCGCAGGGCCGUGUCGGUUCUGGUGAAGAAGACAUGGAAGUGCGGUUAUGUGGAGUGCUCUGCCAAGUUUAACUGGCACGUAGUCCUGCUCUUCAAGGAGCUGCUGGGGAUUGCUGUGGCACGGGGGAUGCGCCAGAACCACACCUCCAUUCGUUUGCAGGGGGCGCUACAGAGGAAUCGCUGCACCAUCAUGUGACCCUCAGAGCUCCCUCCACCCCUGCCAACUCAGGAGUGGAGCGGCAGCAGAGAGAAGGACUUUCUAUCAAAAUGGCUGGGAAAAAUAACCCCGUGGCCUCCUGCUUUACUGAGCUGAUUUUUCUUAAUGAGGUUUAUUAGACUCGUGCGCUGUAAAAGACACUCAAAUUACUCACAUGGUCAUCCAACCACUUCCUAGUCAACUGUGUAGAAACAAGGAAGGAAAUGGGAAAAAGAAAGCAGGUGACAAACAAUACAAAAAGCAUAGCACAGAUAUGUUUCUCACAUCACAGGUCAACAUUUCAGGCUGCGCUUCCCAAUAUGAAAGGUCUGUCGCUGGGCCUGACAGGGCAGAAGCUGUGUUUGUGAGAGUCAAAGCGGACAGGCAGCAAUAUCAUCCAGUCUUCCUUUUGAAUUUGCCACACUCUGUAAGGUCAAAAGCAGAAGCUCACAUCACUGGAUUUAUUGGGAUUUGUGCAUGAGACCCACAGGCAAAAAGAUGGAAACGAUAAAAAGUGAGAGCGCUCAUUUUCUGUGCCAGUUAUCUCAAAAUGUACAUAGAUAGAUAUGGUUAGGUGGUGUUUAAUUUUAGAUUCUGAGAAGUAGCCUGCAUUUUUGUUCUCUCCCCCAUCCUCUAUUAGAAUCUUAAAAAAAACAGUAAAAGCUGCUUGUUCACAGAAAGGCUGUUUUAAGGUUGUCUUGCAGCAGAAAAUGCUGCAGUCCCUUAUCAUGUACUGUAGGACUUUAAUCUGCUCCCUCCCCUCACUCAGUGUCUGUUUCUAAUGAAUACAUUAAAUCCAGGGAACGGGGAACCUGCAGGAGGCUCCGGAGCCUGAAACAAGAACCUGUGUGUGGAGUGCAUGUGUGUGUGUGUGUGUGUGUGUGAGAGAGAGAGAGAGAGAGAGAGAGAAAGAGAUGGAGAGAGGGAGAGGCAGGUUUAUAGUUGACAUUCAGGCAAGCAAAGGACAGACGCGGCAAGAUAACAGACAGAUGUUGAAGCACUGGAUUAGAAAGGAGCAAUAAACACACACAGGGAUGUCCAGACUGACUAUAUGUGCCACAUUAUUAUAUUAAAAAUGCCUCGCCACACACAGUCAAUGUAAUCCACUUGCGCUCCAGCAGAAAUACACACGCAGAACUCGGUGGCUUCCAUAUCAAUAUGUGAAUACUAUCUAAUUGGUCAUAUCGUGAAAUUAACAGCAACUCUUUUCAUUUCAUUAGGCCGAGGUAUGUGAAUAUGCCAGCACUGAAAGCAAGCAGAUCUAUUGUAUAUACACGAUUGAUUCAUAGACUAAUUGAGUUGCAUGCUUUUGUUGGUAGAGCCAACGGGUCAGGGUUUAAUUGCACUGAUGUGAAAAUGUGAUACUGUGUUUAAUUUUUGUAAUACAUGGUUUUUUGACGCUGUAAUGAGCAGCUGAGUGGAGUGAAUGUGGUCGUUUUUCACCGGCAUGUGAGAGCACAAGCUCACAAUACUCUACCAAGGUGUAUUGCUGAACCCUUCAGUCAGGCCAAAUGGCUGUGUUAGAUUUUUUGUUUGUUUGUUUGUUUUUCUAGUUGGGGAAAAAAAAGAGAAAUAUGUAGCAGAGAUAAACUAGAAAGCAACUGUGUGUAGCAUGAGUUCUCAUCAUUUCGUUUGUGUGCAUUUUCAAAUAAAAAGGGCUACUGUUUUUUAUCACAUACAUCACUUGUGUUGUGUUAUUUUUACAGUGUCAGUACUGUAAGUAAUUUUGUUUGGCUUUUGGUUGCUUUUUGUUUUGUUUGUUCUUUCUGACACAUGAUUAUUAAAAGCAUUUGAGAACAACAA